AUGGGUUAUCCUUCACCAUUAGUUGCUGCUCAUCGGAAAUUGACCGAAAAUGUUUUGACUACCAGUACACCAUUUUCUAUUAUGAACAGAGUUAACAUUGGGGCCCGGAUGACCAUAUUCAAUUAUGAAGGAGGUGUUGUUAUUUGGUCAGGAAUCCCCUAUUGUGAUGUAGUAAAGGAAGCAUUAGAAAAGAUUGGCAACUCUAAUGUUACUUGGUUAAUUGUUCCCAACGUUCAGCAUACAAUGGCAGUAAAGUCAUGUAAGGAGAAGUUUCCUAACUUGAAGAUUCUUGCUAUGGGAAAUGCAGAAAAAAAUCAAGCAGAUUACGUAUUUACAUCUGCUGAACAUGGAGAAACAUUGAUUGAUAGACCUGUAUUAGAAAAGAUGGGUAUCACCGAUCCAACUAUCUUAAACCACUUUGAAUUUGUGUAUUUGAACAAUCAUAAAAAUAAAGAGAUUGUUCUUUAUGACAAGACAUCAAAGAUUUUGUGUGAAGCUGAUGUCCUUUUUAACAUGGAACCAGAAUUGGAGCAAUAUUCUCCUGCUACGGGAUAUCCCGAGGGAUUCUAUCCUUUCAGUGGUUGGUCAUUCCUUGGUCGUUAUCUCCAACCUUAUUCCAUUAUUGGGAAUUAUAUUGUUAGAGAAAGACUUAAUAAUGGUGCUAUGAGCGCCAAAGGAUUGCAACAAGUCCUCAACUGGGAUUUUGAAACAAUUGUUCCAUGCCAUGGAAAUACGAUUGAGAUAGAUGCCAAAAAGGCUUUCAAAAAUCUUUUCUCUCCUGUUUUAGAUGUUAAGUUAUGA